AUGACGUCACCGCGCAACAUCGGUGGCGUCCGGGCCGGGGUGUACAGCCUCUACGCGUGGGUUCCGGGGGUCUACGUGCACACGUCCACGCUGACCGUGACGGCAGGACGGGCGGUCCACCUCGGCGACCUCGUGUUCGUGCCCCCGAGGUCCGGCGCCACGCUGUGGGAGAUCGGCGUGCCUGACCGGACCGCCGCGGAGUUCUUCGUCCCCGACGCCGGUCCCAGAUACGCCAAUAACAAGCUCUUCCUGGGCAAAGACAGGUACAGGCAGUACGGUCUGUGGGAGAGGUGCGCCGAGGUGUACCCUAGGAGUGAUCCUGUGUUCACGGUUGGGCACAGCCAUCACUCCAAGGACUGGUUCUUUGCGCAUGUCACAAGAAAGGUUGGCAAUCGCUACGUGCCCACGACGCGGCAGAUACGGUUCGACCUGGGCCGUGUCGCCGCCGACGGCAACUACACGCUGCGCAUCGCCGUCGCAGCUGCACAGCUGUCCCGGCUACAGGUGCGCGUGAACGGCAGAGUGGCUAGGGAAGCCGUGUUCAGCACGCCGGAGUUCGGCAACAGCAACGCCAUCGCGCGGCACGGCAUCCACGGCGGCGUGCAGUGGAGCUUCGAGUUCCCCAUCAGGGGCUACCUGCUGCGGCAAGGCGAGAACAGCAUCAGCAUCACGCAGACGAUGGCGUUCGGGCCCUUCUUGGGGGUCAUGUACGACUACCUCAGGCUGGAAGGGCCUCCGCCGGCAUGA